CUCUGCUCACUUGCCUACAAAGCAAUCUUGGUUUAUCCCAGAGAGAGAACGGACAAGACAGAUUUAUUUAUUUUUUUAAAAAAAUCUAAGAACACAGCCUUACUCAAGAAAGAAAGAUGAAACUUCAAAUGAUCUGCAUGCUCUUCAUUUUACUUAGUGCUACUACCAGAAACCUCUGUGCAUUCACCAUUCAGAGAGAUGCCCAGAAAGACUUGGCCAGUUUGGACCCUUACAAGACAGAAAGCAUGGGACUGCAGGCAUUGCUAGGAAGACCCAAGCGUCACGUCAGUCACAUUGCUCUCUGCAGAUAUUGCUGGGACUGUUGUGGAAACAAAGGUUUUGGUUACUGCUGUCGGACAUGAAAAGGACAAAGUCCAUGAUAGAUGACAACUCUGCUAUGGAGAUGUCCUUCUCCUUGUAGACAUGACCACCU